AUGGCACGUUCAUUUUAUGAAAACGACUCACCAAUUGCAAAUAAGCCAGGGACAACCCAACCACUCACACCACAGCAAGCUCAAGAUGACAAGCCACACGGUGAUGUUUCUCUUAUCGACGGUAUGGUGAUCCGUACUACACCAUUACUUGAGCAAUGGACAAGCAAAAUUCGUCAUUCUUUCAAUACCAAAUUCCAAAUCCUUGAAGCCGAACUCGGGACACAAUCACUGGCAUUGCGCAACGAGUGGAGUAGUAUUAAGCAAGAAUACCAUAGCAUUGUUAAUGAGCCAAUAUUACCCAAUGGAAUGUAUAUACUUACAGCUUUCUUAACUGGAAGUAUAUUGGCAAGGAACAGAAAUAUCGGUGUGAGAUUCAUAACACCUUUGUUGUUUGGUGGUGUUGCAUUGGAUUAUUUCAUGCCCCGUACAUUUGCAAAUAUUGUGCUGAGGUAUGAAAUUGCAGAGAAGGAAAAAGUACCGGAAUGGAGUAAAAAAAGACAAGAAACAAUCAAAGAUUUGAAGGAUAUCCGAGCAGGUUUGGACGAAGAGAGAUUGAAGUUUAAUGAAUCGGUGAUUUUGCAAGUAAGCAACUGGAGAAAAUCAUUUAAAGAGUUUUUUGAUGAAAACGGAAAGAAACAAAAGUAA